CGGCAACGUUCACGAUAAAUGAGAAGAGCCGCUUGGAAGCGGCGUACGCCAUGGUCAGGGGCCGGCGCUGUGUCACCUGGUCGUACGUGCUGAUUCCAGGGCCCCAGCCUGGGACGUUCUCAGUGGACCACAGUGGAGUGCCCGGGGCGGACCCCGAGGAGGUCCAGGUGUACGACACGGACUACGCGGCCUUCGCCCUCCUGCUCUCCAGAAGACACUCGGGCGGCCAGAGGACCCUCAGGGUCAGCCUUCUGUGCAGAACAUGGGCCAUACAGACCCAGGUGCUGGACAAGUUCAUCUGCCUGGUCAGAGCGCAGGGCCUCUCGGACGACAAUAUCGUCUUCCCAGACGUGACAGACUGGUCGGUCCCAGGGACCUGUUGAAGGAUGAAGCUGCGCCUCCCCCAGCCAGGCCCGGCCUCGCUGCCCAGCUCGGCCUCCUCCGCUCUCCGCAUAAAAUAAAUGUGCUGUGUUGGGA